AUGUUUGAGAUAGACCUGCUCUUCUGCCGGACUGCAACCUCCCGGCGGCAGGGCGAAGGGAUCAGAGUCACCGAGGUGGACUGGCAGUGGCCAAGGAAUGGUGCCGCCCACCACACCCAGGAGUACCCCGGCCCCGAGCUGGUGGUUCGCAGGGGCCAGACGUUCACCUUCAUGCUGGAGCUGAACUGUGCCCUGGACAGCAAGGACACCCUCAUCUUCACGGUGGAGACAGGGCCCCAGGCUUCUGAGGCUCUCGGCACCAAAGCCGUGUUCCCGACAUCGGAGCUGGAGGUGGGAAAUGCCUGGACGGCAGUGAGGGCGGCUCAGAAGGGGAAAACAGUGACCAUCAAGGUCACCAGCCCUCCCGAUGCCGUCAUCGGCCGCUACCGGCUGAGCGCCAGGCUUUCCUCUCGCCGCAGACACAGUGACCGGAAGCUGGGCGAGUUUGUUCUCCUUUUCAACCCCUGGUGCCCAGAGGAUGAUGUGUUUCUGGCCUCAGAGGAGGAGAGACAGGAGUACGUGCUCAAUGACAGCGGGAUCAUCUUCCGAGGCGUGGAGAAGUGCAUCCGAGCCCAAGGCUGGAACUUCGGGCAGUUUGAGGAGGACAUCCUGAACAUUUGCCUCUCCAUCCUGGACCGGAGCCCCAGUCACCAAAAGGACCCGGCCACCGAUGUGUCCUGCCGCCACGACCCCGUCUAUGUCACCAGGAUCAUCAGCGCGAUGGUGAACAGCAACAACGACCGGGGCGUGGUUCAAGGCCAGUGGCAGGGCAAGUACGGCGGCGGCACCAGCCCGCUGCACUGGCGCGGCAGCGUGGCCAUCCUGCACAAGUGGUUCAAGGGCAGGUUCAAGCCAGUCAAAUACGGCCAGUGCUGGGUCUUCGCUGGAGUCAUGUGCACAGUCCUUAGGUGCUUGGGGAUCGCGACACGGGUUGUGUCCAACUUUAACUCGGCCCAUGACACAGACAGGAACCUGAGUGUGGACAAAUACGUGGACUCCUUCGGGCGGACCCUGGAGGACCUGACGGAAGACAGCAUGUGGAAUUUCCAUGUCUGGAAUGAGAGCUGGUUUGCCCGGCAGGACCUGGGCCCCUCUUACAAUGGCUGGCAGGUUCUGGAUGCCACCCCCCAGGAGGAGAGCGAAGGCGUGUUCCGGUGCGGCCCGGCCUCCGUCACUGCCAUCCGGGAGGGCGACGUGCACCUGGCCCACGAUGGCCCCUUUGUGUUUGCGGAGGUCAAUGCAGACUACGUCACCUGGCUCUGGAACGAGGAUGACAGCAGGGAACGUGUGUAUUCAGACACGAAGAAGAUUGGGAGGUGCAUCAGCACCAAGGCUGUGGGCAGCGACUCCCGCGUGGACAUCACGGGCCUCUACAAGUACCCAGAGGGGUCCCGGAAGGAGAGGCAGGUGUACUGCAAGGCCGUGAGGAAGCUGUUCGGAGUGGAAGCCUCUGGGAGGAGAGCCCGGGUCCGCAGGGGCGGCGGCCGCGGUCUCUGGCGCGAUGACCUGCUGGAGCCCGCCACCAAGCCCAGCAUCGCGGGCAAGUUCAAGGUGCUGGAGCCGCCCAUGCUGGGCCACGACCUCAAGCUGGCCCUGAGCCUGACCAACCUCACCUCGCGGGCCCAGCGGGUCCGAGUCAACGUGAGCUGUGCCACCAUCCUCUACACCCGCAGGCCGGUGGCCGAGAUCCUGCGGGAGUCCCAGGCGGUGCGGCUGGGGCCCGAAGAAGAGAGAAAGAUCCCAAUCACAAUCUCUUACUCUCAAUAUAAGGAAGACCUGACAGAGGACAAGAAGAUCCUGUUGGCUGCCAUGUGCCUUGUCACCAAAGGAGAGAAGCUCCUGGUAGAAAAGGACAUUACUCUGGAGGACUUCAUCACCAUCAAGGUGCUGGGCCCGGCCAUGGUGGGGGUAGCAGUUGUAGUGGAAGUGAUGGUGGUCAACCCCCUCUUGGAGAAAGUAAAAGACGGUCUGCUGAUGGUGGAGGGCAGUGGCCUUCUCCAGGGACAGCUCAGCAUUGAUGUACCCAGCCUGGAGCCCCAGGAGAGGGCCUUGGUCCAGUUCAACAUCACCCCCUCCAAGAGUGGCCUAAGGCAGCUGCAGGUGGACUUUGUCAGCCCCCAAUUCUCAGACAUCAAGGGCUUUGUGAUCAUCCACGUGGCCACAGCCAAGUGA